AUGUCCGCGCUGUUAACGGACAUUUCAUGCGCGCAUCGGUGUCCUCAAACAUCUCUGGAACUCACGCAACAAAAGCAGAACUCCACCUAUUACCUCCGAAAACGCCUCCGCCACCACCGCUUGCCGCAACUCCUACGACAGAGACCACAACAGAUGGGCGAACUCCCGGCGUCCCACCGCCGCCGUCCACCAUCAUACCCAUCGUUACAGCCACACCCCCACGAAGACCACGGCAACGACGACGACUGUCACCCCUUCCAUCCCACUACCGAUGAGAACACUCCCGACGCCCCAACAGCCACCACCGCCGCCCACCACGAGUAAUGCGGACUCGCACGAACCUGUCCUCACUGCAAUCGUGCUUUCACACCACGAAUCAGAACAGUCGGUCAAUUGAAAAUCCAUCGCACUGACAUUGGCGAACCAGUGCCCAGUACCCCUCGCAUCCGCCUCAACUGCCCAAGCAUAUUCAAUCAUCAUAUGGAUUUUUUCGGCCACGUGCGCACCCACAACGACUGCAUUCAUCGUAACGUCAGCAUGCCAAACUCACCUCACACACACCCGACAAAUUUCCCCUCUCCGGCACUGACAAGUCGCCCCCUGCCAGCGUUGUUAUCGCUGACAACAUAACCAUCAGCACAACAGCUACCAGUCUGCCCAACCAAUAGUGCCAUGGCACAUACACACUAUGCAUCGGCCAGGUCGGUCAUCUGCGAAUCCAUCGAACUAAGACUGACUAAUCGGCGCCAGGUACAGCAGCGUACGUCCACCACCCAGGCUUCAACUACCCACAUCGUCCACGAGCAUUCAAUCAUCGUAUAGGCCUACUCGACCACAUGUUCAUUCAUCAAAAUCUGCGGCAAGCAACACAAAUCAAAUCUCAUGAACAUACAUCUGUAGCGAGGUACCAGACUAAUUCACCUCUGACAAUCUAGUCUAGCCCUAUUUUACCGGAUUGUUUAUUUGAAGUUGACGGAAACUACACACCUGGACAACCCCCCGCUUCGCCGGCGUGUUCCGCUGUCGUGCUCUGCUCUCAGGCCAUCGUAUGUUCUGAAUACCAAUAUUAUGCACUAACCGGUUUUACAUACUGCUUUAAAUAAUUAGGGUUUCGUGAGGUAUUAUUCGUUUAUCUGUGAGAACAUUGUCAUCUAUGUCACGUCUCCUCAGCUAUACGUACACCACGCAUGAACCCGUUCCACACCAUUUACCACAGGAACAGAAUAGAUAGUUCUUGCAUAAGUGAGAAGCGUGUUCUCUAGCUCCUCCUUGAUGCGACCUCUGGAAAGCUCUCACGCAUCGAGAUGCGGACCGUCCAGCCUCUUGUGUGAAAAGCUACUGUGUCGUGCGGGGCGGGCCACGCGUGUGGCACGCGUAGACGGACGGUUCUGUCCCAUCAAUACUUGCUUCCAAUCUCCGCAUAAGUUUGUGGGCCGUCUCGGACAGUUGACUGAUCCACGAGAGAGGGGGCAGAGAAUGAAAUCAACCAUGAGGACUCCGUACCCGCGGCACCUCAGCACAUUCCUCGCUAUAAUGAGUCGGACGCAAUUGUUCCAUCACGACGCCUUAAAUGUCGUGGACUGGAAGGUUAUCAACUGAUGAUACAUUCAGUUCUUACAGACAGCCUUGUGUGCGUGGGGUGUAGGGGUGUCCAGUUGUGGGUCCAUGCGGGGGUCGUGAUAGGUCGUUCACACGCUUGCAGGUUUUGACCACACCUAGCAUCCAUUGACUGACGCCCAAGUCUUACAUUUGGCUCCUCGAAAUCAGACUCCAUCUAGCGGCCACACUCCGGUAACCGCCUCGACCGGCGGGCUAAACCAAGUGAGGGUAUCUGCGUAUCUUCACACACGAUAAUUCCACUCCCCUCCCCCCACCGCUGGCCGUACGGAUCACCAAAUCGGCAUCUCCAAGAUGGGGCUCCACUCGCAACCUCACUGGAGGUCAAAAGGUAAAUGAUCCCCGGGUAAGCUGAAUACCACUUGGCUGUCUCUGCCUGCUCACUCUUGCAGUUCAAACAAGAAACGAUACUCUUUCCCAUUCCUCCUCAUCCUCCUUCCUGUCUUCCCACCCCACAGGCUACUAGCGUGAGCUCGCUCACUCUGGCAGUCUGGAAUGUUCGUUCCCUUUUAGACGGUUCCCGGAGCAACCGACCUGAACUAAGGACGGCGCAAGUGGCUCGGGGGUUUACGCGCUUCAAGGUGGACAUCGCUGCACUCAAGGAGACUUGCUUUUCUGUGCAAGGCCAACUGGAAGAGGUGGGUGCCGAUUACAUCUUCCUCUGUGCCGGCCGCCCCAAGGCAGAACGACGGGAUGCGGGUGCCGCUUCUACCAUCGGGGACGACAUCGUGGGACGACUGCCCUGUCUGCCUUAGGGUAUCAACGAUCGCCUGAUGAGUCUCCGCCUGCCUCUACGGGAAAGCUAAUUCGCAACCAUCAUCAGCGUCUACGCUCCCACGAGUACCAGCUCUGACGUGUCAAGGAGCAAAUUCUGCGAGCGUCUGCACGCCCUUCUGGCGACUGUGCCGAAGGCGGAUAAGUUUAUUGUCCUUGGUGACUUUAACGACCGCAUUGGCACAGAUCAUGCUGCCUGGAGGGGAGCGCUGAGUUCCCACAGUCUCGGCAGCUCCAAUGACAAUGGCCUGCUCCUCCUAAGAACCUGCGCAGACCAGCACUUUCCGUUUACCGACGCAGAAGACGACCUGGCUGCACCCUCAGCCGCGACAUUGGCACCUGCUGGACUAUGUUCUCGUCCAGAGGAAAGACCAGUGGGAUGUGCCGGAGACAAAGGCGAUCCCGAAUGCCGACGGGUGAACCGACUAUCGACUCGUCAUCUCCAAGAUGCGGAUUCGCCCACGGCCGCUGACAAGAACUCCCCUGUAGAGAACCGAUGGUUUCAAAUGAGAGACACAGUCCAGCUAGCCGCCCUGGCUGUCCUCGGUAGCGCACAUCGUCAGCGACAGGACUGGUUCGACAACAACGUCGCUAUCGGCAAUCUGCUCGCUGAGAAGAAUUGCCUGCACAAAGCCUACUUCAACCGCCCUACCGACGACAAAAACAGCCUUCUACCAUAG